ACGCGGUUUCACGACUUUAUUACAGAGUCCAAAAUUCAACCCAGCGACAAAGAAACAAAGCAAGAAACGAUCAAUACCCUCUUCUCUUCUUCUUCUUCUUCACCUUCCAACAACAGCUCACCACAACAGCUCACCACAGCAGCUCACCCAAGUGGGCUUGGAGCCCAUUUACUGAUAGAUUCCUUUGCUGGGUGCUUGUUGAUUUGCUUGAUCUCGUCCAUCGUCGCCGAUGAAAGAUCCUUACUUGAUGGAACCCCAGCAAGACGAUUCCUCCACUGUUGCCGCCCUUACGACCACCAUCUGCAACUCAAUCCAGGCCCUGGGCCGCGGGUUCGAUGUCACCUCCGACAUUAGGCUUCUAUACUGCAAGGGAGCUCCUGCGUCAAGGCUAGUUCUUGUUGAGGAGGAGCGCACGAGGAGCCUUGAGCUGCCCGAUGAUGGCGGCGAUGGGACGAUUGUCUUGUCGACGGUGCCCGAGCAUGUUCAGUGCUCUGUGGGCAAGGGACGGAUUGAGCGCACCAGUGUCUGCAGCUUCCAUGAAAUGGCCAAAUGUUUCAAUGAGAAAUCAGGCAUGUCAGGAUCAAUACCACUUGGUAGCUUCAAUUCAAUGUUCAAUUUCACCGGCUCUUGGCAAGUUGAUGCAGCAUCAACGAAAUCUCUUGCGAUGGUAGGGUACUUCAUUCCUUUAUAUAAUGUAGAACUGACCGUAUCAAGGUUAGUUUUGAGAGAAGAAAUCAGACGUGCUGUCCCUUACUCAUGGGAUCCCGCAUCCUUGGCAAGCUUCAUUGAAAAUUAUGGGACCCACAUUGUUACUUCAGCAACAAUUGGUGGAAGAGAUGUCGUCUAUAUCAGACAGCACCAGUCAUCUUCUCUGUCAUCUUCAGACAUUGGAAACUACAUUAAGGAUAUCGAGGAUCACCGGUUUCUCGAGUCCAAGAAUCAAUCGACUGCUGGCCUCCCAAAAUACAAGGACAAGGAUGUUACAGUAAUAUUCAGGAGACGAGGAGGAGAUGAUCUCGAGCAGAAUCACUCAAAGUGGGUGAAGACUGUAAGGUUAGCGCCAGAUGUAAUUAACAUGACAUUUACAACCAUUGUUUCUCUUCUUGAAGGAGUGCCUGGUAUAAAGCAUUUGGCCCGUGCUAUUGACUUAUACCUAGAGUAUAAACCACCUAUCGAGGAUUUACAAUAUUUCUUGGACUUUCAAAUUGCCCGUAUUUGGGCUCCUGAACAGAAUAAUCUGCAAAGAAAGGAGCCUGUCUGUCCAUCUCUUCAGUUCAGCUUGAUGGGUCCCAAGCUCUAUAUCAAGCCUGAUCAGGUAACAGUGGGCCGCAAGCCUGUCACAGGACUAAGGCUUAGCCUUGAAGGCAGCAAAUGGAAUCGGCUUGUGAUCCAUCUGCAGCACCUUGUAUCCCUCCCCAAGGUCCUCCAGCCCCAUUGGGACACCCACAUGGCAAUUGGGGCGCCCAGGUGGGUGGGCCCUGAGGAGCAGGAUAGCCGGUGGUUCGAGCCGAUCAAGUGGAAGAACUUCUCCCACGUAAGCACCGCCCCAAUUGAGCACACCGAAACAAGCAUUGGGGACCUCUCUGGGGCCUACAUCAUCACUGGGGCCCAGCUCGGCGUCUGGGACUUUGGGGCCAAGAACGUGCUCCACCUCAAGCUCCUAUUCUCCAAGGUCCCAGGCUGCACAAUUAGGCGGUCGGUAUGGGACCAUAGCCCCAUCAACCUAUGCUCAGCUUCCAGACAGGAUGGUUCUUCCUCGUCAAACGAGAAAAAGGAAGAGAGUGGGAAGCUUGCUAAGAUCGUGGACAUGACUGAAAUGUCCAAGGGGCCGCAGGAUAUACCUGGACACUGGUUGGUUACGGGGGCCAAGCUUGGGGUUGACAAGGGGAAGAUCAUCCUCCGCAUCAAGUACUCACUCUUGAACUACUGAUGUGGAGGAGAUUCAUGUUCCAUUUGUAAUCCUAAAAAAUGCGCAUUCUUUGCACAGGUGAUAUAAUACCGUACUUUGGGGGUUUUUUUCUGUACAUCCGGGGUUUUCAUUGUUUCUGGAGGUUUUAGAUGAUUGUUUGAUCAUGUAUCAUCAACCAAAUGAAGGGUCCAAUUCCAUAGUUAGACCAUAUUGUUUCAUAGCUUAUAUUAUUGAAGAACUAUUCGAGUUGCUGACGGAGUAA